ACUAAAAGUGUGAUGUCAGGAGUGGGAUUCGAACCCGCGCCUCCAGAGGAGACUGCAAGGUGAGCAUUACAAUGUUAUGAACCCAUCGGGAACCCCCACAUUCACUAAAACCGAUCUAUGAGUCACGAUCACGUGUCGAUCAUGUUCGGUCCUGCUCUAGAAACUUGUCUGUCCCUCCCUAGUUUAGGAUAUUUUCGGCAGGGUUCAGUUCCCCUCUUGCUGCUUCAGGUUUCGUUUUUCUUUCAUCAUUAGAGGCAGCGGCUACAAACGGAGAAUAGACCGGUUCAGGAAAGAGAGCACACGAUCGGGCUAACAGUACUUCCAUCCAGACCCAAUGACCAUGCAGAAGACAGCUGCUCCAAACCAGAGACCCAAUAUUCCACAGGUCUGCUACCACCCAUCAAUUCGGACCGCAGGGACCGGAAUCUCAGAGGCCGAAUCCAACCAGAGGUCCACAGCUUCUGCUCCUCCUCGUCCUCAGUCCAAAACGCAGCCUAAGCCACUGAAGAUGAACCAGGAUUCUGGCAGGACCAGACCAGCUGACAAAGACCCAGAAUCUGCUGGAGACCAAGCCUCAAGAAAACCUACCCCGAGGAACAGAACAGGUGCUGCUCGUCACCCCCAUAGCAGAACUGAACCUAAACAGGCCUUGGAGAACCAGGGCUCUAGCAAGACAAGUCCUGUUUCAAAACCAAAUCUCAAUGGAGGACCAGUACCUAAGAGAGAUUUGGGUUCUGCUGGAGACCAAGAUCCUCCCACACCAGAUCAGGUUCCUCUGGAUUUAAGGGCUAACCUUAAUGAGACACUGGUGCAGCAGGUGGAGGUUCUGACCCGUGGUCAGAGCACCAACCAGGCCUGGUUCGACUGGAGGAAGAACCGUAUAACGGCAUCAGUGGCUCAUCGCAUUGCCCACUCCAAAUUUGUUAAUGGAGAGAGCAGAGCUCCGCCCACUUCAUACCUGGCUGCAGUCACUGGUGAGGGGCCCAAAGUCCAGACCAGAGCUAUGAGCUGGGGGAUCCAGAAAGAGGCUGAGGUUGUCCGCAAAUACGAGAAGUGGAAGAGACGGGCGCUGGGGCGGCCCGUUAAGGUCCGGGACUGCGGCCUGUUCAUCGACAGCGAGCGUCCCUGGCUGGCAGCAAGUCCUGAUGGCAUCGUGGUGGACGAGAGCGGCAACAAGCUGCUCUGCCUGGAGGUCAAAUGUCCCUUCAAACACAAAGACCGAACCGUGGCAGACGCCUGUAGAGGCGACCCCGCCUUCUGUCUUCAGCUGCAGGACGACGACAGACAGAUGCCUGGGAAGCCGCCAGUUUAUGUCUUGAAGACAUCCCACUGCUACUAUACACAGAUCCAGGUUCAGCUGGCGGUUACGGGUCUGCAGCAGGCCGACCUCGUCGUCUUCACCUUGAAGGAGAUGGCCAUUGUCCCUGUGGAGUUUGAUCCCCAACUGUGGGAUGAGACGGUGUCCAAGCUGGAGUUCUUCUACAGGGACGCCGUCCUCCCUCAUGUCAGGCAAAAACUCCAGCAGAAUGCAGCAGCAGCCAUGAGGCCAGAACUAUAGAGACAGAGUCCAAUCAGAGCUGUCCCGUAGUUGGUCAACUGGACAUGUUUUGAGAUAUUUCUUUCCAAAACAUCCUGGGUUCUGGCUGUAGGUGUGAUAAAGGACAUUUAUGUCAAAAAAGGGUCAUUUUAUGUUUUUGUUUUAUUUUUUAGCUUGUUCUAAUUUCCUUGCUGGUUGACGGAUUUGGCUUUGUUUAGAUAAAACGGGUUAGACUUUGGAACUGGAGCACCACAGCCAAUCGAACAAACCAAAUCUGGUUUGUUGACCACAGUAGCAGAGGUUUGACCUAAACUAGAACCAGUACAACGUGUGACAACUGGAUCAACUGCAAACACUUUGUCCUUAUUAAACUUUUGACUACAGCUUCCCAGUUCAGAAAAUAAAUAUACUACCUGAAAUCUGUCUCGGUUCAUCUUUACAAACCUCUUAUGUCCAGUUAGCUGGUUACCAGUUAUCAGUGAAGGCAUAACUGGGAUAACUACAUUCAUAAAUCAAUGGACCAACAACAAUUAACUUACUGUAUCAAUUAGCCGGUCACCAGUUGCUGAUUAUUAAAGAUAUUUAUAAAUUAUCUGAUCUUUAUCAGAUAAUUAUCUAACAUGAAUUAUCUGAAAGAUGAUAAAUGAAUUAACAGACCG